AUGGCAUCGUUGAAAGGACCUGGAGCUGCCCAAACCUAUGAUGGUUCUGGCCUGAGGAUUGCGAUCGUCCAUGCCCGAUGGAACAUGGGCAUCAUUGGCCCUCUUCUUGAAGGGGCCAAGAAAAGCUUGCUCGCUGCUGGCGUGACGGAUGAUAACAUCACGACCCUCACCGUCCCCGGCAGCUACGAACUGCCCUUCGCGGCCCAGCGCCUCUACGCUGCUUCCCAGCUUCAGGCUGCCAAGGGCUCCUCGUCUGCCGGAGGAAUCAGUGCCACAGACCUCUUGUCCUCCUCCACCACGGACCUCAGCAAGGCAUCACCCCAGUCGCCUGCCUCCGUUGCGACCCGUCCCUUCGAUGCCAUCAUCACCAUAGGUGUCCUAAUCAAAGGCGAGACGAUGCAUUUCGAGUAUAUUGCAGACGCGGUGUCCCACGGAUUGAUGCGUGUUCAAUUGGAAACCGGUGUGCCCGUCAUUUUUGGCGUUCUUACCGUGUUAAACGAAGAGCAGGGUCUUGAAAGGGCUGGUCUCGGCAAGAAAGGCAUGCACAAUCAUGGAGAGGAUUGGGGCAUUGCCGCCGUUGAACUCGGAGUUAAAAGGAGAGAUUGGGCCGAAGGUAGAAUCGUUUAG